UGUAACCGGAGGUCCAGUCGGUUACCGGGACUCUUUGCUCUUUGCCUCCAAGCGAGCACCGGUACUAAAAAUAAGCAAGGCAGCGUGCGUGCUACAACAGUGUGCGAGACGGUACAUAUGAAUUACCUGAGCAGGAAACCUAGCGAUCAGAGAAGAUUAAACCCUCGCCAAUUCAUUGUCAUCCAGCCAAUGUAGACGUUCAGCGCGAAGGACUUGUAAGAGUGUGAGAGGAAACGGCAACGAGCGGAAGACACACCGGGAAAAAGAAACGCCUAUGACAGCCUCGUUAGUUCUAAACCCUCGCUGGCCAGCGGAUACAGUGAUGUUUGUGUAUGACAACAACUUGGACGACAUGAACAAGAACAUGGAUGGGCUGGUGGGCAGCGGCAACUUCGCCGCCAGCCAGUGCCGCAACAUCAUGGCGCACUCGGCGGCCGCUGCUGCUUUGGGCGGCCACGCGUCCAGCCUGGUGCACUCCUCUGCAGGCUACCCCGCGAUGGACGUGUCCGCUUCGGGAUCCAGCGAGACUGGCGGGUCUUCGGGCAAGCAGUGUGCGUCCGGGCCGUGUCCGGCGGCCGCAGUGUCGCAUCAGAGCUCUUCGGCCGCCACCGCGUUGCCGUAUAGUUACUUCGGGAACGGCUACUAUCCAUGCAGGAUGGGGAGGGGUUCCCUGAAGUCGUGCACCCAGGCGGCGGGAGCGGCGCUCAGCUCACAGUAUAUGGACACCGCGGGGAACUCGGACGAGUAUGCGAACCACCGGGCCAAAGAGUUCGCCUUUUACCACAGCUACCCAAGCCCGUAUCAGUCCAUGGCGAGCUACCUGGACGUGUCGGUGGUCCAAACACUGGGAGCCGGAGAGCCGCGCCACGACACCCUGCUCCCCAUGGACAGCUACCAGCCCUGGGCUCUAACCAACGGCUGGGGGGGACAGAUGUACUGCUCCAAGGACCAGGGGCAGGCUGGACACCUCUGGAAGUCCGCCUUGGCUGGUAAAACCUGUNNCCAGCACGACGGCUCGCCUUUCCGCCGGGGCCGGAAAAAGCGGAUACCGUACACCAAGCUCCAACUAAAGGAGCUCGAGAAGGAGUACGCCGCUAACAAGUUCAUCACCAAGGAAAAGAGGAGAAAAAUCUCGGCUGCGACCAACCUGUCGGAGCGCCAGAUCACCAUCUGGUUCCAAAACCGGAGGGUGAAGGAGAAGAAGUUUAUGGCCAAAGUGAAGACCAGCACUCCGUAGCCCACAUUUUUUUUGCACUCAGGACUAUUUAGUGAAACAGUAAUUGCGUGUUGUUAAAAAAGGGAAUUACAAAAAAGAGAAAAUUAGAAAAACGAUGGACAGUGCUGCCAACAAACGGGAUGAAAAUGCGAAUAAAAAAAGGACAUAACGGACAAAAAAAUAAAAGAACCAAAGCCGUCUGGUCAGCUGUCUCCUCAGAGGCGUCCUGUAAAUACAGCACCUUCCUGCCUGCUUUAAUGUAACUGUCCCGUCUACUGUGCGUGUUUACUGUGUCGGUGUUGUCUUGUAGCCAAUAUUCCCCGCCCACCAAAUACACGAUGGUAUGUAGUGCAUAUUGUUUAUAAUCCGUGUAAACCAUUAUUAAAAGUAUAGUGCAACACUUAAUAAUCCCGUUUAAUCCACAAAUUUCCUCCAGUAGUUUACAUGUCCUUAAAAUCUUGCAUUUUCGCGAUUUCUUUUUUUUUCAGCCCGUAAAGAAUGCAAACCAAUUAGCCUAUUUAGUUGCUGAAACGUGACCCAUGCAGUUUGGGCAAUAUAGUAGGAGGAGGAUUCAUACCUCUCAGUGCAGAUGGAAACAUGUUUAUGAGACUGUGGAUUCGCUCCGGGCUUUAGGCCAGCUCUCUGGAACGCCAUCAUGCUCCAUCCUCCCCGCUAUCGUUUGACGGGCCUGUAGACCCCGUGUGAACAAAACCUUCACCGACUCCGGCUGACUAAGCGGGCUCGUGGUGUUAAGCCGUGUAUUUGAAUGAACCCUUGUAUGGUGUUCCUUUUUUUGUCACUCAUGUCACUCAUUUGUCUCAGUGUUGUCGUUUUUUUUUUUGUAAUUUGGGGGUUUUAAUUGAACAAAAUUUUAAAAAAAUCUCAACAGACAUUUACUUCUUCCCAAUGUUUUCCUCAUUGUUCUCACUGUGUCAGCUUUCUCUUGAGUCUGCAGCUUGAAACGUUGUAAAUAAAUUGUCGCAUGGGA